AUGGUUUGCGGAGUCACCUUAUAUUUAUCGCUCGUAUAUACACUCACCAUUGCACUGAGUGCACAUUGUCAUAUCGCACAAUCCCCGGUCUCUGGUGCAACAUCGUCAUAUUCAACUCACCUCACAAUCGCCCGUAGAAACCUCAUCUCCAAAGCUUCCGAAACAUUCAUUGACACCGUCCCCAAAGACGAAGGCGUUGCUUACACCACCGCGGCCGACGUUGGAGAUAAAUCAUCGGACAUCAGGGAGGUAAAGAGUCAUACGCUUUGCAAGCGACAUGGAGGCUGUGGGGGUCACACCGUAAAACAGGCUGUGAAGGUUGUUGAAAGUGACGGCCUUUGGAAAGACUGGAAGUUUGAAGGAGAAAAUUUCAACUUUUACAAAACUCAACUUAGUCAACCUGGACCUCAUUCAUUGAUUGACAAUAAGAAUGUUGACCAGUGGAUUGAACGCAUCGGGUUUGUACCUACUCCACAUGAGAAAGAUGAACUUAUCAAAUGGUUCAAGACACAAGAUGAUGGGGAUGCAUUACUCGAGAGGUUUGAAAACAUCUUAUUUAGUCUUGAGCGAGCUCAGUUAGAGGCGAAUCGAAGAAAAUCCAAUGCUGAAGGCGACUCUUUGAUCUGGUGGGAUUUGGAAGAAAUGAAGAAUGCGCUGGAAACUGAAAAAGAAGAUCAUAGUUUCCCGAUGUAUGUAAGAAUUCGAGAAGUACUUCACGAUCCCACAACCGCUCAUGCCUACUCUGAGCCAGAAAAAUCAAAAAAGAUUCAACAGCUCAUUGAAAUUCUCGGUCAACCUACUCAACUUAACAAGCCAUAUACGACGAGGAUCAAGGCGGGUGAAGGAUCAGCCGGAAGAUGGGGCUUGUCUACCAGUUCUCACGAGUACAUCGACAGUCUCAAAUUUGGGAGCUUGGAAGAUCCAAAGACUAAGCAGUAUACUUACAUGAUGAAGAAACUCUUGGACAAUGUGGACGAAGUGGUCAAGAAGUUUACAGACGGUCAAGCAUUAAACGAAGCAGAGGAAGCGCAGCUGAGGUUACUAGCGUUGAGCAAUGGUUUAUCCGAUCAUCAUGUCUUCCAACUUGGAAAACUAUUGGCUAAGCUUAAAUCCGAGCCCAAUUAUCUUCCUGCUGAGGAUCUCGAAAUCUUAAAACAAGACCAUGACGAGCUUCGAGCACUCCUCAAUAUUUACACUAGAUUUUUAGGAAAAGGAGAGAUCGGAUUGAGGCUUUUGAACCGCAAGAUAUCAACUAGUAACUUUUUAAAGAGGCUCGGAUACAAAGCUCAAUAUGGUUAUAUUUACACUGUCAAAGGGAUUUUCGGAUGGUUGAAAAGAAUUGGAAAGUAUAUUGGUAAUGUCUUCAAGAAACCCCACCGUGCAUGA